AUGGGGACCGAGCCCGCGGAGCAGGUGUCCUGGGGCUCCUACUCUGGGGACGAGGAGGAUGCCUACUCAGCCGAGCCACUGCCUGAACUCUGCUUCAAGGCCGACGUCCAGGCCUUCAGCCGCACCUUCCAGCCCAGCGUGUUGCUCAUGGUGUCCUUCCUGGGCCUGGCGGGGAACAGCCUGGUCCUGGCCACGCACCUGGCUGCCAGGCGCCCAGCGUGCUCGCCCACCAGGGCGCACCUGCUGCAGCUAGCCGUGGCCGACCUCCUGCUGGCCCUGACCCUGCCCUUCGCUGCAGCGGGGGCGCUGCAGGGCUGGAGUCUGGGCAGUGCCACCUGCCGCACCAUCUCUGGCCUCCAUGCGGCUUCCUCCCACGCCGGCUUCCUGUUCUUGGCCUGCAUCAGUGCUGACCGCUACGUGGCCAUCGCGCGCGCGCUCCCCGCGAGACCUCAGCGCUCGCCGUCCCGCCGCGCGCAGUGGGCCUCAGCCGCCGUGUGGCUGCUGGCGCUGUUCCUGGCGCUGCCCGCGCUCCUUUUCAGCCAGGACGCGCCCCGUGAGGGCCUGCGGCGCUGUCGCCUUGUCUUCCCCGAAGGCCUGGCGCAGACUGUGAAGGGGACAAGCGCUGUGGCUCAGGUGGCCUUGGGCUUCGCGCUGCCGCUGGGCGUCAUGGCCGCCUGCUACGCGCUCUUGGGCCGCACGCUGCUGGCCGCCAGGGGGCCUGAGAGCCGGCGUGCGCUGCGCGUAGUGGUGGCCCUGGUGGCGGCUUUCGUGGUGCUGCAGCUGCCCUACAGUCUCACUCUGCUGCUGGACACGGCCGACCUGCUGGCCGCCCGUGAGCGCAGCUGCCCGGCCAGCAAGCGCAAGGACCUGGCGCUGCUGAUGACCGGCGGCCUGGCCCUGGCGCGCUGCGGCCUCAACCCCGUGCUCUACGCCUUCCUGGGCCUGCGUUUCCGCCGGGACCUGCGGGCGCUGCUGCGGAGCGCGGGUUGCGGACCCAGGGCGCACUCCCGCGGUGGCUGUCCCCUCCGGCCACGCCUGUCGUCCUGCUCUGCGCCCACUGAGACCCACAGUUUGUCCUGGGAGAGCUAGGGCUGC